UGCACGAUGAGUGAUGUCAAGUGUGCAAUGACACUACACGCAACUACAGCGUAACAUUUUUCGUUACAGGAGGGAAGCAGGUGCCAUUAUACACAAUGCCCGGGAGAGCUGAGCGCCGGUCUUCGGAUUUGGAGAACAUCGGGCGGAAGUUAUACGGUCGCAGUUUGUUGAGUGGUGGGUUAUGCGGGAAGGCCAAGCAGCAAUUCAUUACCCCGGCUGAGGAAAAACUACUGGACGCGUUGGUGACAGGGGAAAACACAACCAUGCCACAAAUUCCUUCAUCGAAAAAGAAAAAAAUCAGACCUAGUUCGGCCGCGGCCAAUCUUCAAAGCCAUCCCAGCUUCACUUCUGGGCUUUAUGGGACCACAGCCCGACCGUCCACAGCCCUCGGACAGGACCGGGGGCUGUUCGGCCAACGCCCUGCAACCCAGGCAGGGGGACCCCGGCGUCCGUGGCAGUUUAAGGGACAAACUGAGACCCAACCUGAGAAAGAAGUGAUUAAACACGGUCGCCGAUUGACCCUAGGGGCAGUUGACGGCAUAGCUGAAUCUGACAACUUCACAAGGCCAGGACAAAUUCACGGAUCUAUAGCACAGCAACUGAAAAAUAAGAUAGAAGAAAAGAUCAACAUCGACACGCUUGAAGAGUUGAAGAGGGCGUUUCAGCUUGCUGAUGUUAACCGAACAGGAUGUCUGGAACUGGACGAGUUCAAGCAACUACUAAAGAGUCAGCUGGCACUCACAGCAAACAGGGAACAACAAAUAGAUGCACUGUUCAUGAAGAUCGACUGGUCAUCAGAAGGUUCGAUCACGUGGGAUGAGUUCUGUACGUACAUGCAACUGGAGUAUCGCGAGAAGGAAGACUCCUACCACCGCACCAAAGAGGUGUCAUUUCACCUCCCUGCCAAGAUUGAAAACAUUCCCCAUCGUGACCCCAUCUUGAAGAUAACAGAUACCUCGGAUGGAACAUUUGUAGCUUGCAGUCAGGAUGGUAUUGUCUCCUUCUGGAACACAAAUGCAGAUAUCCGGAGAACGAGAAGUGUAGUUAACUCGGAACAGAACAACAGACAGAAGCCAAAAUGGAUAACAGACUUUGUUAUCAUGCCACAUUUCAACAAAUUCAUUGUAGGAACAGGUGACCGAGAAAUCCAGUUCUUUGAAUUGUCAUCAUUUGAGCCAUACUGUCAAGUCAGUGGUUUAGAAACAGUGCCAUUGAAGUUACAUUACAGCUCAACAGGGUAUGAUGAGUGUCUUAUACUGUAUGGAGACAGUCAAGGCUGUGUCAACAUUCUGGUCAUCAAAUCAGCUGGUGAAUGUCUCAGGACGUGGAAGAAGAUGCCACGACAUGAUGGUUUCAUCGCCAGCAUCAGCCUGGACUCGGUGGCAAGUGGUCCCAAUGUCCAGUUUAUCAGAUGGCAGGUUCAUGGAGACUGGGUGCAACAGCUGAAGUACUAUCAUGACAUUGGUCAGGUGAUCUCGUGCUCCAACCAUGCAAACACAGCAUUAGUCAUAGGUUGUACUAUUGGCAGCACCCAUGUGGAGCAGCAGCUGAAGGAGGUGAAGGACCCAGGUGCUGGCCAGGACAGGAACAAGGGGAAGGGCUUCUAUGCCUACAACAACACCAAGACAAGGCUGGAGGCUGACCAGGCCAUCUUUCGGGUCUACAAGGGGGUCAAGUGCUUCGACUUCUCAAAGGAAAAAAAUAUCAUGAUUACAGGCGGCAUGGAUCGAAUUAUCAGGUUGUGGAAUCCCUAUGUGUCAGGGAAACCUACAGCCAUGCUGAGAGGCCACAAUGCCCCAAUCUUCUACCUAUUCAUUGCUGAAGAAGACAACAGGAUAUUCAGCUUGUCCACAGAUAGGUGUAUAAAGAUCUGGGACAUCCAGGAUCAGAACUGCCUACUGACGGUGAGACCCAAGGGGCACAAGAUCCGCGGAGACCUCCAGGCUGUCCACUACUCUCACACAGCCAAAGCCAUCGCCGUUGCCACUGACCAGAUGGCCUGUCUCAGUCUCAGAAUGAAGCCUGUGCUUCAUGCUGACAUCGUAAUAACCCACAAAGAACCAGUCACCUGCUGUAAAUACAAUCCUAGCUUUAAACAAGUUGUCACCUGUUCAGAUGGAUCGGUAAUCAAGCUGUGGGAUUUUGAGACUGGGACUCCUAUAUUUGAGUAUGGAGAUGCACAUGGGGACUCUGCAAUCACCACCAUGACAUUCGACAACACAGGGAGAAGGUUGAUCACUGGUGGCCGUGAUGGAAUUCUAAGAAUCUGGAACUACAACAAUGGGCAUUGUCUACGAGUGCUGGAGAAGGAGGAAGAAAAUGAAGAAGUUUGUGAUGUAACAUAUGUAGAGAUGAAUAAAAAUAGAUAUGUAGUUUCUGUUGGCUGGGACCGCCGAAUCAACAUCUACUACGACUCUUUGUCCGACAGCAACAUCCACCACGUACAGCACCCUCUCGAAUACUGGAAUGAUGACCUGAAAAAUGGUCACAAGGAGGACAUCCUGACCGUGGCCCAGUGUCCCCCGAACCUACUGGCGACGGCCAGCUAUGACGGAGAGGUGAUCGUGUGGAACAUGGUGUCUGGACACAUCUUCUGUCACCUCAUUCCUCCAUCUCCUCCUCAUUACCAGGACCAGUCAUUGGAUGGAGACUUGAGCAUCAACAAGCUGGUGUUCCUGCAGACCAGAGCCUACAAGAAAGAUGCAGGGUCGCUAGUGUCCAGUGGACCUCGUGCCCACAUCCACAUCUGGAACGUCUUCCAGGGAGGCAAACUCAUGGCACAGUUUCCUGGGUCCAGUGUGAAGGGAGCCAUGGUCAGUACAAUGAUCACCAACAAGGCCAACACCUUGCUGUUCACUGGUGACAGCAUGGGCUUCAUCUAUGCAUGGGACAUCGACAACUACUGCCAUGACACACCUGCAGAUUCACCCCCAGAGUUGUUUAAGACUUGGCGAGGCCAUGUAGAGAGUAUCACCGACUUUGACCUGAUGGAAGAACGGAAGAUCCUGCUGUCUACAUCAAUGGACUGCACUGUGCGGAUGUGGACCACAGAUGGGCAUUAUGUUGGAACUUUCGGCCAGCCCGAGCCGUGGGACUUGUACAACCCUGCAACCUACCAACACCCGAUGGUUCCAUACGAUGUUCUGAUUGACCCGAUGAGUCUGCCUUCCCAUCCACUACUGGGAGAGAAACAGACCACCCACCAGAUCAUACACGAAGACUCAACACAUGGAUCUGAUGAUGAGAAGCCUAGACGGACUCCCUCUCCACCUCCUCCAGUGUUUGGCAAGUCCACAUUCUACGUAGAUGACAAGACAAUCGCAGAGCAACUGAAGGAAAAGCCGUUUGAAAAGGGCAAAGGCAAAAGAUUGCGGCAUGAGAAGCUAAAACCAGUAAGGAUCGAUCGCGGUGGCCCCAGUGAGUACCAGAUGUUACGAACAUACAAUCUGGUGGACACCCCACAACCUACGCCUCCCUCUCUACACUACAACAAAGAUGACCCCUUCGACUCACUCUUCAUUGACUGAUCUGUCACAUCAUAUCCAACGGUCUCUGUAGGGGGAAUAUCUGCAAUAUCACCCAAACACAACUGUCACUAUCUAUAUACCAAACUGCAACUGUCUCAUUUUCUGUAGAAAGGAAAAGCUUUAUAUCUGAAAAUUACCGAGCAAAAAAUGUUGGGGAUCAUGAAUAUUUUAGUUGAUAUUUUUUUAUUGUGAAGACUUAGGACACAAUUACACAAAAAUAUUACCAUAAAAUUGUCAUGAUCAAUAACAUUAUUUGUUCAGUGUAUUUGAACUGAGAAUGUUAUGAGUGCAGACAUGUUUUACUUUAAAAUAAUUAUUGCAUAUAUUGAACUUGUCAAUUCAAUAAAUAUCCUUACAAUUUCAUAAUAUGAUGGGAAAAAAGGAUACUCUGGAUAUUUGACAACUACAGCUUAUACCAAUAUGUUCUGACAUCACCAUCUAUAAAAGCUAUCCAUUAUGAUUCAGUAUGUUUCCUGAAGCAACCACCUGUUAUCUGUGUAAGCAAACAUUGCUUAUAUAUAUGCAUUAUUUUAAGUUUCAUUUAAUAUUCUAAACAUGAACCCGUCCAAUAUCAAAAUAUUGUAUCAUGUUGUGCUAUAUUUUUGUUUAUCUUUUUAUCUGUUGACAUGCUGAGUGUGAUUGAUGUUUAAGCUUGAAAGAGCCAUGUUAUGUAAUUGCUUCUGAGUGAGUGAGUGUAUUUAACUUUAACUGUUUGAUCUGAUGGCGUGUGAUGUGGUGAGCUUACAAAACGGGUUUGUUUCUUUGUGCUUGUUAUCAUAUAUUUGUUGCCAUAUACAUUGUGUUACAUUGUUGCAAGUUCUAUGAUUUAUCAGUGAGUGAUACAAGCAGUGUUUGUCUAUAUCAGUAUUGUUAAUUUUCAUCAAACUUACAAAUGAAUCAUUGUCUCAAUUAUGAAGUCAUUCAUUUAUUGUUAAGAUGUAAAGUCGGUGAAUCAUGGUGACAAUACAAGCAGUUGAUUUCAGACAGUAUGCUCUUUUAAUAUACUUGUGGAUUCGAGAAUUUGGAAAUGUGCUUCUCAAAUGUUAGAAGUUUUGUUCUGGAGAGGUAAAACUUGUUGCAAUCACCAGUUAUCUUUCAGCGAGUACCUGGGAAACCAAUACAAUAAUGAAGCUUAUUACUCAUUAAUAUAUCUGAAGAUAAUUAUUAUCAUUGAAAUUACCUCCAAGAAUAUGCUGAAUUUCAUGAAAAAUAACAAAAUACAUAUAUGUCACUUGUAAUUCAACAAUUUGAGCGAAAUUUGUUUUUUUUUUUUUUCUGUAGGGUUUAACAGGGUUUUAUAUUUGGGUACAAUGUGUCAUAUUAGCAUAUGGUAUUGUCGAAAUGGUGUUAUUGUCAAAAUAUGAUCUCAUAUUCUUUUGUGUAUGAAUACUUUACUAUGAUCGUUCUGCUGUGAUGUUCAAAAUCACAUAUAUCUGUGAUAGGAGUGAUCAUGAGUUUUAUUUUAUACAAACAGUAUUUGUUUCUUUUAUCACAAAUACACAUAUUCACUUGAAUUACUCCAAGAAAGUCAGCAUUAUGUCCAAAGGGAGGUGUCACAAAUUGUAUUAUUUAUAUGAUCACUUGAUUCCUUGUAGAAGGGAUAAAAGUUUUUCAGAAAUAUAUGACUAUUUUUGAGAAAUAAACAGAGGUACUGAUGCUCAGUGAUUUGUGAUAUUUUCACUUUCAGCAUUCAUAAGAUGAUCACUAUUUCAGAUUGUAUAUAUAAAUAUAAAUAAAGAUGUAUGUACAUAUAUAUAUACUGCUGAUAUGCCGCAAAAUUUUAGUAUGCCGUGGAUAUGAGUACUUAUUUUUGUCCAAAUCAUAAAUGGUUUCCAAAUCAGGACACUGGCGUGAAGUGUUUUCAUAUUCUCAUACAUAUUGUCGGAAAGAGCCAUUUUUAUAUUAAUCCUGGGACAAACAUAUGCAAACAUGGUUUCAGGUACAAUGCAACAAUCUGACUGUGUUACGAAUUGCUCUGUGUUCUCUUACUGGUAUGUACAAUGCAAUAAAUGUCCAAAUUUC